CAGACUCGUUCUACUUUCGACCGUCAAUUAUAUUUUUAGCAUUAAUGAACGAUUGCAUUACUCCUCAUAAUAUUUUAUAAAAAAGUAUUAUUUUUUCCCCUUUCGAAAUGUACAGCAUUAAUUAAUGUUGGUCGCCUGUAAAAAUGCAAGAAGAUGUGGUUUCCAGAUGCUGGUUGUAAAUCUUGUAUUCUCAAAUCAAACGUGCAUGUUACAAUAAAAUGGCAAAGAGCCGGAAUGAACACAGAAAAGAACACUUCUUAGAUGCAUACAAAAUCCCCCACCCAGAAUGGAGGGAAUUUGUGUGUGGCUGGGGAGCGGCCUUCAUCAACAUCACAGUCACUUUUCCAAUAAACAAAGUCAUGUUUCGUCAGAUGCUUCAUGGCAUGCAUACAAAGACAGCCUUCAUGCAGCUUAAAUCAGAAGGUUUUCGCUUCCUAUACCGAGGCAUUUUGCCUCCCUUGUGUCAGAAAACAAUAUCAGUGUCCAUCAUGUUUGGGAUGUACAAUCACUAUCAGCAAGUACUGAAUUCAAUGGUGCCACACUGGAAUACACACAUUAAGAAUUCUACUGCAGCAGCUGCAGCUGGUCUUACAGAGGCAGUACUUGCUCCAUUUGAGAGGAUUCAGAUGCUCCUCCAAGACAGCCACUACAAUCAAAGGUUCAAAAACACAGCACAUGCCUUUGCUGACCUUCGCCAAUACGGCUUCAGAGAAUACUAUCGAGGAUUGACUCCAAUAUUGUUGCGAAACAGCAUCAGCAAUGCGCUUUUCUUUACGCUCAGAGAAGAGAUAAGCCACCGUAUGCCAAGUCAAGAUCAUUGGACAGGAAAGCUAUUAUCAGAUUUUUGCUGUGGAGCAAUGGUCGGAGCAUUCAUUAGCACCGUGUUUUAUCCGGUGAACGUCGUCAAGUCGCAUAUGCAAUGCACAGUGGGAGGGCCGUUCAAUAGUUUAUGGAAAGCGAGCCGGAUUGUCUACGAGGAGCGGGAACGCUCUCUCCGCAAGAUGUUUUUUGGCGUCCACAUAAAUUACACACGAGCUCUCAUCAGCUGGGGUAUCAUCAACGCUUCUUAUGAAAUGCUCAGGAAUUUGUUGAUGAAACCCCAUCAUUAACCAACUGGUAGGCAAUAUUAGUUACAUUUGAAUUUUUUAGCAUAUUUUAUGAAAAGAAGUUGGAUUGAUAAACCCUGGAGAUUCCAGAUAUUGGGCUCUUAUUUUUCUUUAAAAAAAGUUAAAUAGUUAGCCAAUAAUUGUACAGUCCAUGCCCAAAGCCAUCCCAACCCUUAGUCAUUUCCCAAGUUGUAGUGAUACCGAACAUGAUAGAAUGAAACUAUUUACCUAA